AUGAUUGCAUUCCAUAAGACAUUUCAUAGAUGCUUGAACCAGCUACUAUCUUCCACAGAGACAACCGCGGGGAGUGAACAUCUUAACCUCGCGGGGAAGGAGAUAGUUGCAGUACCCAAAUUACCGCUCAUUCCCUACUUGGAAGAAAGUAUGACAUUCCCUAUGUCUAGACUAUACUUUUUGCGCCUGUUGUUCAAAGCACUCGUGUAUGCUCCGAUCGAUCCCUUAGAGUGGGUUGGACCGCCCAUCGGGAGCACGCGACCGCCUUUCAGCAACUUGCAAUAUUUCCAUCUGCCGCAACAGGAAACCCGCAGCCUCUUGCGCCAAUGCAGACAACACCAAACAAGCAUCACAGCUCUUUUAACUGUUCUGGUGGCCAUUGGUUUAUCCGUUCUGCAUACGCCUAGUACGCGUUUUACGGCCUCCGUACCCUUCUCGCUUAGAAAGUAUUCGAAACACGCCCAAGAUGACAUGGGCUGCUUUACUAGUAUUGCGGAGCCGCGCUUUUGCGCAGACGACAACCCACCACCGGGCUACAUUCCGUGUCAGCGCACUGCCAGUUCUUCCCAAGAUGAUGACAACACAUUGUCCUCUACAAACGACUCGAAACUCUGGGCGUCUGCGAACAUGUGCAAACAAUUUCUACGCCAACGAAGCGCUUCAACGGCGAACCUCACCAACGGUCUUCUGAAAUUCAAAAAUGACCAUCGCAAUGGAUUCCUGAGAUCGAGUGGAACUUCUAGGCGGCAUGCUUUUACCUUGACCAACCUUGGGGUUGUGGAUAGUCAGGCUUCGCAAAUCGACGAACAAGCUGCUCGGCCAAGGGCCAGUGUUGAUAGGUUUGUGUUGUCGGCGGGGAUAGCAACUAACGGAGCGCCGUACACAGUUUGUGUAGUUUCUCAAGCUGGGGGCUAUAUGGGUAUCACAGUGAACUGGGAGGCCGGUGUUGUAGAAGAUGAGAGUGCAAAUUGGCUUUUGGCUUUCCUCGAGAAAGAACUCAAACGGUUAUCAGCCCAAGUCAAGUACACCGAGUCUUCUAGGCUUUGA